CAAGAAAGUUCUCUGUCUUUGCAAAAACCGACACUACCGUACAGUAUGGUAUCAUCUUAUGGAUAAUAAACUACAAGGAUACGAUAAUAUGAUGACAUCGUACCCUGUUUCAAAUUCCACGUGUCUUUUUCUUCUGAGCGUUUCUGCGUCGUACGGUAUCUUGAAUGUGUUUCAGUUUGGACCGCUUGGGUGUCAAAAUUCGGUACAUGCGCUGCUGCGCUUCGACUUUCGUCCGUCGAGGAGAGAGAAAAGGGGAUCAUUCUGUAUUCUGUCCGGUUCACGCCAAAAUAGCAUCGUUUCAACAUCAAAUUUUACAUCGAGAGACGGAGAAGAAGAAGAAUCGCGUCUCAGAUUAUUGAUAACCGCUCGGCCAGGUCCAACCAGAUGUAAGUUGCUUUACCGAGUUGACACCCGGAAUUGCAUCCGAACGACACAUUUAUUCAUUGUACCUGGAACACAAAACCAAUUUUAGCAAGUCCUCACUUGUUAUAUUGUCACUUUGUAUUUAUUCAAUCUCUAUUGUUCUAUUUGAAAACCCUGGUUAUAAUUUCAUCAAUAACGUGAACACCGUGUCCCGUACGCUACUUCUUCAACACACGAUCGAUAUAUCUCUCCAUGUCCCUCCCAACAUCGACCCGUUUUCGCUCGAUAAUAUCCUUCCUCCUUCUACUGCUCCUUUCUGGUUCCCAAAGCAAUCAAUCCAAUUUGGUUGAAGCUCGAUCCGCUCGAUCUGCCGCAUCCCUCCUCUACACAUCAUCUGCAUCCAUAGCGGCCCCAACGUCGCAAACGGGCUCCACAAUACUGCCGUCUACCGUCGAGUAAGUAUUCUGAAUUCGAAUUCGAAUUCCUUAUAGUGAAGUUGAAUGGAACUGGCAACGGUCGACACACGCAUACAGACAAAUGCAAUGCAUUUCUCUCUUGUUUGAACCAAUUACCAAACUGCGCUCGACCGACUUGCGAUGCCACAAGAACAGAGCUGUCCUGUCUCAUUUGACUCACGCUCUCUUCUUCCUCACCUGAUGCAACACAAAUUCUCACGACUUGAUAAACAGAGCUCAAGGAAGUCCCGUAUCCGUCGAAACGCCUUCC